GUUUUCGGCGAAGAGCAGCUAGUGCCGACCGUCGACCUAUCUGCCUACCAGCGGAUGGGUGCCAAGGUGAAGGUACAGAAGCAGGAGGAGCUUGAUGCCCAACUCCGAGACCGCGGCUGUGCAGCGCUGCGCUGCCAUCGAGUCGAUGGUCUCAUCGCAGAGGUCUUAGAACUAGCGCGGCAGGAGUUCCGAGAGCGCAUGGCUAAUGUGGACGAUUGGGGCUGGCGUGGCUUCGGCUGCGGCUGGGUCUUUCCAAGGUCGGCAGAGAUGUACAGCCAUCCGCACUACUUGGCCUUCGUUCGAGAGGACGGAUCGACUGACCCACCGGACGCACCCUUCCGUUUGGACAGGCUAUUGGCAGGCCUCCAGAGGCACAUACUCCCUUACCUGGAGGAUGUGCUUGAGCAUGGCCUCAACUUCGCGCCGGGUUCCCUCGCCGGGGCUUUGCAGAUUACCACUGCCAUUGCCCAUUACUACCCAGAUGCCACCAAGCAGGAGACGCUGCUAACGCAUGCAGCCUUCCAUUGCGACGACUCGUUUUUGACUUUGAACCUUGAGACAAAUCGCGGCAUUCACGGGCUACAAAGUGGGCCCGAAGGACCGCAGAUCCGACGUUUCCGAUAUGACGACGAGGCGAACUCGUCGGUGAUUAACUUGUUUGUGGGCGGCUACCUGCAGUCUCUCUCCCAAGGACGUUGGCGAAGUCUGCUUCAUUCAGGCUCUAAUCCCAGUGAUGAGGACCGGCUGUCACUAACCCUCUUUCUUGGAAUCCCGCAGCUGCAUGAGGCGGCGAGGGCACAGCAUGAAGGCACUCGCGGUGAGCAGGAGCAGCAGGUCUUCAACUGGUUUGGGGCUGUCCAGCACAUGGACGAGUGGUCGGCCGGCGCUCGGUUCGACGAGAUACAGGACAUGUAUACCCACGGGGAUGGCUUUCACGAGUCGGUCCAACAUCUGCUGAACAGGCCCAGGCCUCCCCCCUCAAAGACACGAGCGCGACAUUGGCAGGCGAUUGCCAAUGCCCGCGCCAAGCUCCGCCGCGCGCCGGCCUUGACAGCCGCUGCCACGUUCUGCGCCCCGGGUCUGGCAUCCCCCACAGCGGCGCAGUCCUUCUCCGCCUUGGCGGCAGCGGCGGCCAUGGCGGCUCUACGACGAAGAGG